AUGAAGGGUAUACCCAUUCUCUUAUUCGCAGGCGAAACAGUGAGCGAAGAAGACGAUGCCUUCGUUUACUUGGUGCACUAUCUUAAGGCCAAAGGCCAAUUGCGCAAGCGCACGCGCUAUGCUUCGGCUACUAAGGUAGCCGCGAGUGCUGGUAAGUCUGUGGCCAACAACCAGCCAACCCGCACCACUAGUGGUGGGGAACGGCCUCGGUCUCGAGAUGACCAUGGCCACGAUGCUCAAAAGCGUCCAAAGCAUAUGGGCAGUCUUGCCGAAGAGUCUCUCUCUCGACACAAAGUUGACGACACCCAUGCUCAUCGAGCAAAGUCGGUGGCGGCCGGUGUACCGGUGGAGGCCCACGAGAAAUUGGUUCUCGAAGUGAAGGGUCUUCAAGAGGCCUUCGGUAAGUCUCAGUGCAUGCUGGAUGCGAUGCAAAGCCGCCUUAAGGCGAUAGAGCAAGCUCAAACUCGGAGCGAGGCUCAGUUGGACUUUCUGAUUCGCCUACAGCAAUCCGGGUCAGUGCCCUUGUCGUCGGCGCAAGCGCCUCCAAGUUCACAUGGGAAGGAUCCCGGUACGGCUUAA